GAGGCGGUGUUUUGAUUUGUGGAGAUCGCAGUGAACCGCCACAAGAGAAAGACGUUAUUUUGUCCGCCGGUAAAGAAUUAUUGCCACUGGAGCGUUUAGUGCCGUCCCGCGUGUAUGCGAAAAAUUUUUAAAACAGGGACUGUUUACCGAGUCUUCCACCGAACCUCGCGAUCGAUCGAAUGUGCGAAACCGUGAUAGAGUGCAGCAACUGACUUAGAGCCAGCUUCUCGUCGAUGUUGGUUACCAGCGACAGCAGGGAGGAAUAAACAGGCAAAACGCACCCGCCAAGCCGGCAGCCUAUUCAUUUCACUGCCAACGGAUCACUGGAACCACGCCAUUGCUGCGAGGAGGACGGGAGGUUAAUAGCUCAACUAUACUCACUCGAUCGUAAACGUCAAGACACCGCUCAUCCCCCUACCUUCAAUUUGUGACAUUGGUUAUAUAAAAUCAACAAAAGAUUCAUUCUGCUAUCCAACAGGAAAGUUCAUUCGUUUAUAUACUUCUUCACCCAUCAUAACAAUGCGGAUACGAAACCGCCAAACUUUGUCAUCAUCUUUCACGUUUCAUUGAUAAGAGAGAAAGUUGAAACUGUGCACAAAUUGUGAUAAAAGUGGUUAAUUGAGAAGAGCAGUGGCUAAAAAUGAAAAGCAUCCAGGGCAUAUUUAUUAUCACACUGGCACUAAUUCAUCUGAGCAGUAGUACACUGUCGCCAUCGGAUGUUAAAAGUAAAAACAAGAAACCUAAAGAGCUGAAAGUUCGCCAGGGUCCACAAUCCUCUAGCGUGAUCGAUCGAGGGCUCAUCCAGGAGGAACCGCUGGCGAAGGAUAUUAUUAUAGAAAGCGGUACUUAUUACGAGGAAACAGCAUUGAAAAAUUUCGAAGGUAAUGUUCUAGGCUAUGUAACACCGUGGAAUAAUCAUGGUUAUGACGUGGCCAAAAUUUGGGGUGCUAAGUUCAACUAUGUGUCGCCAGUGUGGCUUCAGAUCCUGCGGAAGGGUUCGAAGCAGUACGAGUUGGGCGGCGCUCAUGAUAUUGAUUUGGGAUGGGUGGGAGAUGUGAAGCAAGCCGGGAUGGCGAUAAAUAAUAAAGUGGUUCCCCGUGUGUUGUUUGACAAGUUUUCCGAUAAAGACUUUUCGCAGUUGCUUACUUAUGCUGAGGAGCGAACAGCCGCUUCUAAGCUGAUCUUAAGCACCGUUCAAAAAUAUAAAUUUGACGGGAUUGUAUUAGAAGUGUGGUCCCAGUUGUCUGCCAGGGUAGAAGAUGAGGUUCUAAUCGCUUUGGUGACGGAAAUCUGUCAAACCCUGACUAGUGCUCAUUUUGAUUGCAUCCUAGUUAUUCCUCCGGCACGUAAAGAGACUUACGAUCUGUUUUCCCGGAAGCAUUUUGAGACCCUUGUUCCGAUCGUAACGGCAUUCUCGUUGAUGACCUAUGAUUUCUCUAGCGUACAGAGACCCGGAGCGAAUGCACCUCUUUACUGGGUGAAGAAUGCCGUUAAGCACAUUUGUCCAGACUCAGCAGGUGACCUGGAACGUAAGCGAGCUAAAAUAUUACUCGGGUUAAACAUGUAUGGAAGCGACUUUACUCCUAACGGAGGCCAGCCUAUCAUUUCCCACGAGUAUUUAGGGUUGCUGAAGCAUCUCAAAGGACAUUUGACUUAUGAUGAGCACGAUGUGGAAAACUUUUUCGAAGUGAAAACAUCUACUGGUCGUCAUAUGGUAUUUUAUCCAACGCUGUAUUCCAUCAAUGCACGGCUGAAACUGGCACGCGAGUUAGGCACUGGAAUAUCGUUGUGGGAGUUGGGCCAGGGAUUGGAUUACUUUUAUGACCUUUUCUAGUCAUUGAGCAAUAAGAAGCUUGUCUUAAGUUAACUCAAAACAUUCACUGGAUAAACAUCCUUUAUUCAAUAAUAAAAUAAAAUAUAGCUGCACAAUGCGUUAUACAAUAAAACUACAGUUGUAUCGCUUAUCGCUAUAAAUUAGUUUUUGAAAAUAUAAACCAGUAAGAAACUAUUGAACUCGACAUGGUGAUAAAUCAAUAGAAACGAUUAUCUUAUUACA